UGCUGCUUACUGCUUCACAGCAUCAGGAGCCAUACUCAAGACAGAGACGGUGAACAGCAGAUCUGCCUACAGCCACUACUAUGAACUCAGUCACUGCCUUCGUUGCCUGCUUGCUUAUCCUAGGUGCACAAGGACAACCAGGCAGCAAAUCUAAUAAAUGCAAGUGUUACAGUUACAUUGGCAGGAUCAGCCCAAAGCUCAUCAAGGCUGAGCCAGUGAUACACUACCCAAGUAUCUUCUGUCCACAUACAGAGAUCAUUGUCACCACAAAAGCAGAUAUGAAGAAGUGUGUGAAUCCAGAGUCCCCACUUGGACGACACAUUCUAAAAAAUCACAACAAGCAAGGGAAGAAAGGAGCUGUAAGCACCACGACUGCUGGUCAGAGUACUGCUGCAAUCUAAACAAGACACUGCACGGCCUACAAGCUGCACUCCUACUGCACAGCAGAAGUGACACCUGGUUGUUGACCUAAAAGAACUCAUUCAGUCUCACCGGAAAUACAAGAAAGCCAAUAUUCUUUAUGAUUACUUUGCCAGUUUUCUUCCCAUGUGUGUUUGUGUCUAUAUAGUCUGGACUUGAACUUUUUUACAUUUUUGUACAUAUGUUUUUUAAAUAAAUACCAAAAAAAAAA